AUGGCUCGCGCGCUUCGCAAAAACCCUUUGAGGCUGUGGGAAAGACUCUACCUUGUCGCUCAUCUCCUCACCAUCGACACCGCCCAUUUGCUUCUCAACGCCAUCACUUGCGUCAGUCUCGCCAUCCUGCGCGGGGUCCCCAUCCGCCACUACUUCAGAGUCGCCUACAAUCGCUUCGCCCUCGGCUGUCUCUCCCCUCGUGAGAUCCAGCACAUGAGUCCGUCGACCGCUACCAUCUACCGUGAAUGGAUUGCCUCCGCCUGCGCUGCUUCCCAGGCUCGCAUCGACUCCGGUCACGCCACCCCCAAUGACCAGUACAUCCUCGACCACCUCCACCGCCACGAAGAGAUCCUUUCUGACGGCGAGUCUUCUAUCCUCUGGGUCGGUGACCGCCGCCGCGCCUCCAAGUUCGUCCUCUUCUUCCAUGGCGGCGGCUUCAUCGCGCCCAUGCAGGAUGGCCACCUUGAGUGGUGUCUGCGGUCUUACAUCCAAGCCGGCCGGCUUCAUGAUCAACACGUUGCCGUCGCCGUGCUGCAGUACACCCUCGCCCCCGAGGCCCGCUAUCCCGUCCAACUCUCCCAGGCGGCUGACGCGCUGGCGUACCUGCUCAAGGUGGGCGUGCGGCCGCGCGAUCUGGUCAUCGGCGGCGACUCGGCCGGCGCUAAUCUAGCGGCCCAGAUCAUGAGCCACUUGCUGCAUCCACAUGCGGACGCCAGGAAGAUUGCGCUCCCGCUAGAGGAGCGCAUAGCUGGCGUGUUCGCUGUCAGUCCCUGGGUUAGCGCCAGGACGGAUGAUCAGAGCAUGGCGGAUAAUGCGCUCAUUGAUAUGCUGUCGCCGGUGAUUAUGGAGAAGGCGGUUCAGGAGCUCUUUGGUAACCACAACAAGUAUAACGCCGAGAAGAAGAGGGGUCAGGGAUGGGCUAUGCCGGCGGAUGUGGAUACGGGCGCGUGGUACAAGGGGCUGGGAAAGUUUGUUGAGAGGGUUUAUGUCACCUUGGGUACCCAGGAGGUGUUCAGGGACCAAAGUAUUGUGUUCGCUGAGGGGAUCAGGAGGACGAAUCCGGAUAUAGACGUGGUUUUGGAGGAGGCGUAUGACGAAGCGCAUGAUUUCAUCCUAUUGGAAGGCAAACGGAAGGAGGAUGGGAACGCCACUAGACGGAUGAGGAAGUGGAUUGAAGGGGUCUUUUGGUGA